AGAGAGAGAGAGAGAGAGGUGGACUGCAAUGCACUCAAUCAAUGCCAAUGUGCUGUUGCUAUGUUUAGCUACGCUUCUAAGUAGAGCAUUUUCGGCUAACUUUAGCGAACUCUUCCAACCCAGUUGGGCACCCGACCACAUCAUGGCUCAAGGAGAUACACUUCAGCUUAAGCUGGAUAACGCUUCAGGUUGUGGGUUCGAGUCAAAAGGGAAGUACCUUUUUGGGCGAGUCAGUGUCCAGAUAAAGCUCGUUCAAGGUGACUCAGCUGGCACCGUGACUGCAUUUUACAUGUCUUCAGAUGGGCCAUACCAUGAUGAGCUGGAUUUUGAGUUCCUAGGUAACGUUUCCGGCGAGCCGUACCUGGUUCAAACCAAUGUCUACGUCAACGGCACCGGAAACCGGGAGCAACGGCACACGCUCUGGUUCGAUCCGACCGCAGAUUUUCACACGUACUCGCUCCUCUGGAAUCGCCACCACAUCAGGUUCCUUAUCGAUGGAAUUCCAAUACGUGUGUUCGCUAACAGGGAAGAUAUCGGCGUACCAUACCCAAAAAAUCAAGGGAUGGGAAUCUACGGUUCGGUUUGGAAUGCGGAUGACUGGGCCACACAAGGAGGGAGGGUGAAGACAGAUUGGACACAUGCGCCUUUCAUCUCAGCCUUCCAAUCGUUCGAGGUCGAUGCGUGCGAGUAUUUGCCGGAGACUGACGACAUGGUCGGGAAAUGUAGGGAGGGUGGAGAUUACUGGUGGGAUAGACCGGCCAUGAUUGGGUUGAGCUUGCAUCAGAGCCAUCAGUUGAAGUGGGUGUGUCGAAAGCAUAUGGUUUAUGACUAUUGUAAGGACACCAUGCGAUUCAGUGAUCCACCAAGAGAAUGUUUGGGCUAAUCAGUUAUUAAUGAAUGAUUUUGUGAAAAUGAAUUAAUCCAGCCGUUGGAUGAUGGGCCUUGCUCUGGAUGACCCAUGAAGUAUAAAUGUACCAUGUACCAGAUUUCAAGGAAUGGCGACCGUUGUAUUU